UCUUAAUAAAAUUAAAGCUAAUGGCUUUAGUGAUUGAGCAGUGUCAAGUUGCACCACCUCCGGGCAGUGCAUCUGAACUAAGACUUCCACUCACAUAUUUUGAUGUUCAAUGGUUAUCUUUCCACCGUAUGCGGCGGAUUCAUUUCUACAAGCUUCCCAUUUCAAAAACAAGUUUGAUCCGAUCCAUCAUUCCUAGUCUAAUAAAUUCGUUAUCCCUCGCUCUCAAACACUGCAUACCCCUUGCUGGCUACGUUGUUUGUCCACUAAAUUCAUACGGUUAUCCUGAGUUACGAUAUGUUACGGGAGAUUCUGUAUUCGUUACUUUUUGUGAAACGGAUAUGGAUUUCAAUUUCCUUGUUGGAAAUCAUCCACGAAAUGCAAAGGAUUUUUAUCACCUUGUGCCCCAGCUGGCGGAACCUAAGCAUGCACCGGGGGUUCAGUUAGCCCCGGUCUUGGCCAUUCAAGUGACACUUUUUCCGAAUCAUGGCAUAUCCAUUGAUUUCACUCACCAUCAUGUCGUUGGUGAUGGUCGUAGCCUUGCAGGGUUCACAAAAUCAUGGGCUCUUCUCAAUAGAUUUGGUGGAAAUGAGCAAUUUUUAGCCGAUGAGUCUCCGUAUUAUGAUAGGUCCAUAGUCAAAGACCCUUAUGGAAUAGGGAUGUCUAUAUUGGAUGAAAUGAAGAAAAAAAAGUUGGAGAUGUGUGAUAUUGUGACUCCUCCUGAUGAUAAGGUUCGAGCUACUUUUAUUGUAGUACGGAAGGAUAUCGAGAAGCUCAAGAAUUUAAUAUUGUCAAGACGACCGAGCCUCACUCAUGUAACAUCUUUUACAGUAACAUGUGCUUAUGUAUGGACUUGCUUAAUAAAAUCAGAGGCCGCAAUAGGGGAAAAGAUAGACGAGAAUGGGAUGGAGUUCUUCAUGUGUGCUGCAGAUUGUAGAACGCGGCUAGAUCCGCCACUUCCUCCAACUUUCUUUGGAAAUUGCAUAAUGCCGUACAUUGGGAAAACAAGACAUGCUGACUUAGUUGGAAAGGAAGGCUUCACAAUUGCUGUGGAAUUAAUCGGAGAAACCAUUAAGAAAAAGAUGAAGGAUGAGGAAUGGAUCCUGAAGGGAGAUUGGUAUUUUAAAGAUUAUAGUACGUUAGAUGAGAACCGAGCGCUUUCAGUUGCCGGAUCGCCAAACUUUGAUUUAUAUGCGGUUGAUUUUGGUUGGGGAAGGCCGGAGAAGUUAGAGUUCAUUUCUAUUGAUGGUGAUACAGGAAUAUCGAUGUCCCUAAGUAAGUCCAAGGACUCUGACGAAGAUUUAGAGGUUGGUUUGUCUUUGCCCAAAACUCGAAUAAAUGCUUUUGCUGCUAUAUUCACUCAUGGGCUCAGCUUUAUGUAA